GACCGAGUCAAGCGGCUCCUCCCCGACCCGCACUCGCCCUCCGCCCCUCCCGAUUCCCCUGCCCCAGCCCCGCGCGGCCGUAUCCGAACCCCGAACCCUAGGCAGCGGCGCGGCUACGCCACUGGCGGCCGGGGCGAGGCGGCCACCUGCGAGCGAGCGGACCGCAGCUCCGCACCCCCGCAGGCCGCAGACCCUCCGCGGCGAACGGCGGGUCGGCGGCCAGCCAGGCAGCGGCGCUGCGGCGGAGCGGCCGAGCGCUCCGCGGCCCGCGCGCCGUGCAGGGCUUCGCAGCGGCGGGCGCGGCUCCGCAAGCGCAACGGCAGGGGCUGGGGCGCGGGUCCGGCGACGGUCGGCGGGCACAGCGCGGCCUGACUCCUGAGCGCGGCAACCGGCAAGACGCCAAGACAUCAAGCAAAGCAACGGAACCAGUGAAUCACCAAGGUUGAGCAAAUAUCUUUUUUUGGCCAAUGGCAAGGGAACCUAGUCCUGAAAUAGAUGAUGAACUUUUCAAUGAAGUUUAUGGGAAAGCAUAUAGUGGUCCAGUUGCAUCAGCUACAAAUAGUGUAAUGCCUAAAGUAAAUGAUGAGAAGAGGCCCUUGACUUGUGAUACGUCAGAUGAUGAAGAUGAGGCCCCAGAUCCUAAUGCUGUUCCUACGGACUUCACUAGCAGAGAGGCUAAGGUCUGGGAGGCUAAAGCUAAGGCCACAGAAAGGAACUGGAAGAAGAGGAAGGAGGAAGAAAUGAUUUGUAAAAUAUGUGGAGACUCGGGCCAUUUUACUCAGGGCUGUCCAUCCACACUUGGGGCAAAUAGGAGAAAUGCUGACUUUUUUGAAAGAGUUCCAGCUAGAGAUAAGCAAGUCAGGAAUCUUUUCACUGAGAGGAUGAUAAGCCAGAUUGAGAAGGAUGUGGGGUGUAAAAUCAGAAUGGAUGAGAAGUUCCUGUUUGUCAGUGGGAAAGAUAGGUUAAUAUUAGCCAAAGGUGUAGAUGCUGUGCAUAAAAUUAUUCAAGAGAGUAAAGGUAAAUAUAGUCCAAGCAGUCCAAAACGGGAUCGCUCUAGGUCACCUGUACGGAACACCACUGAGUUUCGUCCCAGGCACUCUGAUUCUCACCGGCCCCAUAGCCCAAGAAAUCCUGAUCCUCAACGGUCCCAUAGCCCAAGAAAUGCAUCCCGCUCUCAAAGUAAAGGAUACUAUAAUGAAAGGCAUCUAGAUGGCCGAUUACAUGACAGUAUGCCCAAGUUUUCAAAAGGAUCUCCACAAGCUCAAGCUUAUGCCAACUUCGGAGCAAAAGGUCGUCCAGGCCAAUCAAAAUCUCCACGCCAUUCUUCUUAUCUUGAUGUUUCCCCUAGAACACAUGGCGAGAAUAACCAAUUUGCUGCAUCACACGUGGCCAAUAACUGGGGCAUUGAGAGGCAUGGAGCAGAUGUCCGAUCAAGCCUUAAGUUUGACAUGCCACCCCACCAACAGACCUUGGAAGAUCUUGAAAUGGAGUUUAAGAGGGAAGCUACAGAAUUAGCUAGAGCCCAUGAUCAAGAGGAGGAUGAAGAGAACUACAAGCAUCGAGAGUCGCUGAGAGUGAUGCGAGAAAAUUACAUGGGCAGAAUGACUACCAUGAGGAAUGUGCAUGCAAGGAAGUGGGAAGAAUUUCUUGAGCAAACCUUUAAAAGGCAACAGCAAGCACAGACUUCUUACACCCAGAUAGGUUAUCCAGGUUUCGAGCAGAGAACUACACAUAUUUCAGCUGCACUUCAAUCAAUGGAUUCAAAGAGCACAUAUCCGUAUGCUUCUGAUAACUAUUCAGCCCCGAAGGCUCAUGCUGCAUAUGGCGAGUUUCAGCAUGACAGACAUGGUGAUGUUGGGAGGACCUAUGGGCGAUAUUAGAUCUUGACUAGUGGGCGAUUGUGUGAGGAAUCAGUGUCAAUGGUGUGCAACUUUAGACCCUCUUAGCACCUAUUUGCUGUCAUGUAGUUUAAGGUAAGAAUUCAUUUUUGGGCAGAACUGUCCUCCAGUUGCUUUCUAUUGCAGCUAGUAGCAUCAAACCGGGCUGUGGAAACUGUCCGUGGAAUCAACAGAUUAUUGUAAAAAGCUGCUUUUCAAUUAUCUUUUCUGAAAUACUGGUAAAAACAUAAACGUGGUAUCGGUUAUUCUUGCUUUUCA